AUGGCACCUCUUCGCGUGCUCGUUCUUCCGGCUCUUGCGGCCGUCGCCGCUGCCAUCAACGUAGCUGACUACGUCCCAGCCUGCGGACCCCCGUGUAUCACUGAGACCGUCGACAAGCACACCACUUGCGAUGAGGGUGACAACACUUGCAUCUGCGCCUCCGUCUACACCGUCAAGCGUGACGGUGAGAUCUGCCUGCGAAGGGAUUGCUCCGCAACCGACUAUGGCAGUGUCAUGAAGGGCAUCGACACCUUCUGCGCCGACGUCGCCUCUGGCCCAACUGAGCCCACUACUAGCUCCUCCACCCCUGAGCCUACCCCUGAACCCACCAGCAGCUCUUCUUCCGGCUACCCAACGGCGCCGUCGCCGUCUUCUUCUUCUGAGGAGACUAGCUCCACCGAAGCCCCGAGCUCCAGCUCCAGCUCUAGCGGUGGUUACCCCACAGAGUCUCCUUCUAGCUCCACUGAGGCCCCGAGCUCUAGCUCUAGCGGCGGUUACCCUACCGAGUCUCCCUCCAGCUCGGAGACCGCCGCCCCGCCUUCUUCCUCUUCCCCGGCCCCCCCGGUGUCUUCGGGAACUGGCUACCCUACCGUUCCCACCGGCACUGGUGGCCCUACUACCCCCGUUCCUCCCGGAUCCAGCACCCCUGCUCCCACUGGCCCGUCUUCCGGUGGUCAGGUCCCUACUGGACCUUCUUCCGUCCCCGAGGGCUACCCCUCUAGCGCCCCCUCCGGCAGCGCGACCGCUACUCCCGUUGCCCCUGGCGCCGGUGCCCGCGCCGAGGCUCGUCUCGGUGCCAGCGUGGCGGCUCUCGUUAUCGCCAGCGGAAUCAUGUACUUCGCCUUCUAA